UCAGCAGGAUCUCAAAAGAAAAUUCUGCUACGUCUUGGGCUAAGCUUGGCAACACUUUUCCUUUGGUUACUUACAGUGCAGUUCCCUAAACCAAACCUUGUCUAUCUCGAAGCGCAUUAUCCGCUACGUUGGAUGCACCGGUAGAGCGGUAUGCGUCGCUAAAGUCAAUCGUCGUAAGAGUAUAGAGAAGCGUCUCAAAACCUUUUUGGAUACUGCAACGUGUUCACCACAGCAGACAUGGACGCCAGAGGUCAUGACUUGACCACCUUUCCUGCGCCACUUCGAAACCGUCAGAUUCUACUCUGCUCCGAAUCCUUCGGUCCUGUCAAUGGAGUCUCUCGCACAACCUUGAUGAUAGUGAAUCAUCUCAGGUCUCAGGGGGUUCUGGUAUCCGUCGUUGCUCCCCAUAAUCAUACAAAAGUGAACAUCAUUCCACCUGCCGACCCUGCCGAAGCAAAAAAUAAGUAUUGCCCGGAGGUGCGGUUAACGGGUGUUCCGAUACCAUUUAACCCAGAACUUGCGGUGGUAUGCCCUGUACGGCUAUCCGAGAUCUACAGACGGACAUUUGCCGGGCCCCCAGAUCUCAUCUACCUAGCGAGCCCUGCCUCGCUUGGCUUUCAGGUGAUGAUCCAGCUGCGACAGCAGAGAACGGAGGAUCAAGUGCCUCUGCUCUGCAAUUACCAGACUAAUCUAGCAGGCUACUAUGAGAUGUUAUUUCCCACGCGAUUUGCACACGUUGCAAGCUGGUUAUUUUCGAGAAUAGAGGGGUACUUAUUUCGUCAUGGCUCAGUCAAGACGAUAUUUUAUCCUAGUAUGUUCUCGAGAAGAUAUCUGGAACAUAUAGCGCGGGUGCAGAAUAGUAAACUGGUGGUGCUGAAGAGAGGUGUCAACACUGAGGGUUUCAGCCCGGAUAAGCGCAGUAUUGAGCUUCGGAGAGCAUGGGCGCCAAACGGGGAACUCAUUUUAUUUACUUGCUCGAGACUAGCGGGUGAGAAAGGAUAUGACUUUCUGGCGCAGGUAGCUGCUAAACUGGCCGAGACCGAUUUGAGCUUCAAGCUCGUCAUUGUGGGAAACAACCGAAAUAGGAUAGUAGAACAAGAAAUCAAGGGAUUGUUCGAGCCGCUAAUACAUCGCGGCAUUGUCAUCUUCACCGGGCUCAAGGUGGGCGAAGACCUUAUGACGCACUAUGCCUCAGCCGACCUCUUCCUGCACUGUUCCAUAUCAGAGACAUUUGGGCUCGUGGUGCUUGAGGCGAUGGCUAGCGGUGUUCCCGUGAUCGCAAGAGACGAGGGCGGGCCGAGCGACACCAUCGAUCAUGGAAGAACUGGCUAUCUCGUGCCGCCAAAUGACCUGGAAGGAUUCGUGCGACGAGUGCUCGAGCUUAGCCGCGACGCUGAACUCAGGCAUCACUUUGGUGAGGCUUGUCGCGCACAGGCGCUCUUGGCAACCUGGGAGACAAUUGGGAACAAGGUGGCUUGGGAAAUGCUGGACGCUAUCGAGGGGCGAGAACCGACAACGCGGGACAUCAAGACCGCAACAGCUCGACGCAGCGCGGCGUGGGCUAUAGAACCCGUAGCGUCACUCAUGGUUAAGGCGAGAAUAUGUCUGAGCUUAAUGCUUAUUAUCUGUUGCUGGGCAGUCAUUGGCGUAUGCUUGGCCGCGAUUAACCUUACACAUUCGGCGAAAACAUUGGCUAGGAGAGUUUGAGGAGUUGGUUGUAUCAAGAAUGAGCUCUAAUUAGACGGAACAAUUGGCAGCGGAUACACACCUAUAACCUUUUCACCUUUACUCGAGCUAGGAACGAUAGCCUGCAAUUUGGAGCUGUGAACCUCGAAGGAUGAAUGAGAACGUGAAGUUUGGAUCCGAGAGUCGCGCAUCAUUUUACAAGCGAUCGUCAGCGGUUACAAGCCCUAAACUACCUAGAUAAUAUGGCUUCAAGGUGCCAAGACGCGACCGACGACUUUGAAUACCUACACUGGCGUAGUUAUGAUCGUUUCCUCCCGCCUCUAACUACUCACGAUGAGGACUGCUUAGUCACGACUGGGUUGGGGCUGGGUGUUUGAGUGUACUAAGUAGUGUACUGCCAAGCUGACCUCUCCUUAGAGCACUAUAUAAUCGCCUCUAGUAUGUUCAUAAGUCCCGUGUGUUCAUACUCUUCUGCAAUCGAAGGACUUUGAUGAGCCG